UUUCAUUCGACAACUGCAUUUGUUGGUUACACCGCAAAUCGCAGAUGAAUUUACAUAAAUCCAAUCCAUUUUGCUGAUCAUACAUCUUUGAAUUUCCUUUAGGUAUCAGGGUAUCAGUCCAAUUUCAGUCGUUAAUACCUCGGUAUCACUACAGAGCCAGCCAGCCACAGCCACUCCGGCACCGCGCUCCUCGAGAGACAAGUCAUAGAACAAGCUUGUCCCAGUCGAAAGGGUCAUGAGCUGUCCACGAUUGCUUUUUAACCCGGUAUACUGAUGAGGGAAGGAAAGGGAGACUUUCAAUUAAUAUAAAUUGUAAUGGCGGGCGUCGAUAGGUACUUGAGCUCGAGCUCUAGUAUUCAUCCGAAUGGAAUGGGUACUUAUACCACAGCAACAAUAUUGGAUCUCGCGCACUUCAAUUAUCCAUGGAUUCUUUUGGUCGUCUUUCUUAUCUCAUUCAUCACACACAGCAUCUUAACUGCAGAGUCUUCUGAUGAAUCUGGACCGAUGCUCACAGGUCCUGGCGGAAAACCUUUACCGCGGUCUGUUAGGAGGACAAAACAAGAUAAGGAUAGGCUCAAGCUGCAAGAUUUCAGCCCUGUUCGGAAAUUAUUAUUGCUCUGGCUUUCGGCUGGUAUUCUGGCAACGUUUCUCGGCAAUGCGAUCAACAUUGUAGUACAUGCCCUCGAUAAACGGGAGAAUGGUUGGUGGUGUGGCGAAGCAACUGCUGUAAGUAUCCCUUCUUCCAGCUUAUGUUCAGGAUGAAACAGCUACUGACCAUUCUUGAAUGCAGAUAUAUGUUUGCGCCUCUCUCUUUUUCUACAGUGUCUUUCUCAUUUCCUUAGUCGACACAACACCCUCACCCUCAAUUGCACAUCAGGUUACAUGGUUCGUUGCGCUGGUUAUUGAAAUUGUGCUUUUUGCCGCUUCGUUAUCGUUAUAUACCUCAGCUCACCCGGAACUCAACUCACUGCUUGCAUACGAUCCAGAAUUUCACAAAUAUGCAACCCAAUGGGAAAUUGUUGAGCUUGUACUCGAUGCAAUUCGAGUAGUUCUACUUUUCUUCUGCGUAGCUUUUUAUUGUGUCUUCACCCUUGAACGCUCAUUCAAAUGCAAGAAUACAAGUCGGCAUAGUAGCAGUGAGCCUGACGAGAACAGCCCUCUCAUUUUCAAUGGUCGAGCGAAUGGGAACGGUCAUGUUUCCGGAAAUGGUUCAAUUGCAAAUGCAUCUGCUGCGGACUCCUUAUCAUUGAAUGGACAUGCAGCUGCGAAUGGUUCUGCCGCACGAGGCGUCGACAUUCAAGGGAGACCGAUUGGUCAGCAGCGUGUGGACGAAGUGCCGGCCUUUUACAAGCCUACGACAGCUACAACGAAGACGUGGUGGGAGUAUUUGAAAGGAUAUUCACUCUUCUUUCCAUAUUUAUGGCCGGCUAGAUCCGCUCGCUUGCAAAUAGUAGUAGUCGUUUGCUUCCUGCUUGUCGUUAUGCAACGAAUAGUGAACAUCGCGGUCCCUUUACAAGUCGGAAGGGUUACCGAUGCGCUUACUGGCGAUGAUGACAACGAGGUCACGAUGCCGUGGUUGUCAAUUUCUCUACUCAUCGCAUUCAAGUUUCUUCAAGGCUCUUCCGGAAUUUUAGGGGCUGCUAGAUCUAUUCUAUGGAUUCCAAUUUCACAGUACUCAUACAAGGCUUUGACCACCGCCUCAUUUGAGCAUGUCCAUGGUCUGAGUCUGGAUUUUCAUCUUGGGAAACGCACCGGAGAAGUCUUAUCGGCACUUAGUAAGGGUAACGCCAUCAAUAAUUUCCUUGAGCAAGUGACCUUCCAGGUACUUCCAAUGAUAUUUGAUCUUGGCGUAGCUAUUGGUUAUUUUGCAUAUGCCUUCGACGCAUACUACGCUCUCGUGGUUAGCAUCAUCACUUUUUCCUACCUUUACCUUACCAUCCGAAUGGCAAGAUGGCGAUCGGACCAACGUCGACAAAUGCAAAACCUCAGCCGUGAGGAGGAUGCUGUCAAGAAUGACUCUUUGACGUCUUAUGAGACCGUUAAAUACUUCAAUGCUGAAACUUAUGAAUUUGAUCGUUACCGACAGGCGGUCUCGGCAUUUCAGAAGAUGGAAUUCAAAGUAACCAUUUCUUUGAAUAUCCUUAACAUUAGUCAAAACUUGGUAUUCAUGGCUGGACUUCUUGUAACUUCGUUCAUCGCUGCAUAUCAAGUUACCACUGGUAAACGUCAAGUGGGACAGUUUGUGACUUUAAUCACGUAUAUGGGCCAACUUCAACAACCUCUAAAUUUCUUUGGAUCUUUCUAUCGAGGAGUUCAGAGCGCCAUGAUCAGUGGCGAACGUCUUCUUGAACUAUUCAAAGAGGAGCCAACUGUUGUAGACGAGCCAGCUGCUCAGCCACUGCCAGCAUGCGAGGGUCGAAUUGACUUCAAUCAUGUCAAAUUCUCCUAUGAUACCCGAAAGCCUGCUCUGGAGGACUUGAGUUUUACCUGUAAGCCGGGUACCACGACAGCUUUUGUUGGAGAAUCCGGAGGAGGAAAAUCUACUGUUUUUCGGCUACUCUUCCGAUUUUACAACACCCAGAAUGGUAGUAUCCAACUUGACGGCCACGACAUCAGGGAUAUAACCAUAGAUUCGCUAAGACACCACAUUGGUGUUGUACCACAGGACACAAUCCUUUUUAACGAGACUCUUAUGUACAAUCUCCGCUAUGCCAACCAAGAUGCGACUGAUGAAGAUAUUUACAAUGCAUGCCGAGCUGCAUCAAUCCAUGAUAAGAUAUUGGCGUUUCCGGAUGGUUACGAUACGAAGGUUGGAGAGCGAGGUCUUCGUCUCAGUGGUGGCGAGAAGCAGCGAGUAGCGAUAGCACGAACCAUCAUCAAGAAUCCCCGGAUCAUCAUGCUUGAUGAAGCUACUGCUGCAUUGGAUUCUGAUACUGAACAACACAUACAAGAAGCAUUAACGACCUUGUCCGAAGGCCGUACUAUGCUAGUCAUUGCGUAAGAGCUCUAAAUCAAAUCCGUUACCGUCUGCAUUAUACUAACCAACGUCACUAUAGCCACCGAUUGUCCACUAUCACCAAUGCAGACCAAAUAUUGGUUCUUCAUGCCGGGCAAGUCGCUGAAGCUGGAACCCAUAGCGAGCUCUUACUUAAGAAGGGUCGAUAUGCACAGAUGUGGAAGAAGCAAAUCAGAGCCGAACGAGCAGCUGAGAAAGCUUCCGAGAUGGUAGCUAGAGCCAGAGCUCUCAGUGAAGCAGCGUCCAUCCAGACUCCUGGCAGUCACUCUAGCAAGGUCAACGGUGGCAGUACGGAGGUAAGCGAGUACGAGGGAGAUAACCACAGCAAUAGAACACUGGUCGCCUCCACUUUAGCGACAAGAGCUCCUACUCGAACUCCGGAGAGUCGAAUCAACGAUGACAGUGCUAGUUCUAAAUCUAGCUCUAGUUUAGAUUCAGAUGGCCACAAAUCAGAUGAAGACAAGCAAACGGGGGAUCACAAAUCUGACGACAAAGCCGGUGUCGACAAGUCGGACAAGCCAAACAACCGUUGAAUGACAUUAAUAUCUUGAGGUUUUCUUUUGAAUGUGUUUCCAAUUCGCCUCAAACUAAUAUGGAGACAUUUCUACUAUAUAUCUCUCCACUGCCGCCGUUAAAAAUUGCAUGUAAUGGUGGCAAAGGAGCUCUUUCCGUUCCACUUCAGUCUACUGGACUUGAUGUGUUCUUUUAUAUCCAGCAUCGUUGAGAUUUUCUACCUGAUAGAAUCACCGCUCCUUUCACAAUACCCUUGAUUUUGUCACACACCUUGCGAAUUUGGCCUUUGCUGUUUAGAUGUUUAUAAUGCACAUGCAUACUGCGACGAUGAUUCACGACUCGAGCGUAAAUGAAGCAUGUUUGGAGGUUAGCGAUUGGGUUUUCUAGUUUUUUAAUUUACCGGUUUAUACGUUGGAGCUCGGAAAAUGGCUGGCUGUGAUAUGGGAGACUUGGAAGUGUGAGCUAGUUAGUUUGCUGGAGAUUCGUGGGGUUUGGUUCGCUUUUAAAAAAGAAUGGGGCGGGGAGAGGUGGACAAAAUCACAGGGAACAUUUGUGCGUUACAAUAGAGUACCGGAGCAAUUCCAUACCAAACAAAAUAAUUGAAUGGGGAUGAAGAUAGGCAGUUCAGAAUUGAAGCUUUGAAAAGGUUGAAAAUCAGUCAUGAG